GCGGCUCUGCUUCGAUGCUGCUAAAUCACCAGAUCCCGCUUGAUGCACACGGGAAGACUCCAGGUCCCAAGCACCUCACCGGCAAGGAGCAGUUCCGUCGUGCUUUGGGACACGUUAUGAUCCAUGUGCUGAUGCCUCAUUUGAGUCUCCUAGCAACUCUUGGCAUGCUGUGCGCGUCCGUCUUGAAGGAUGGGCCACCAUUUCUGCUCGAUUCGUCCUUUUGGGUGGCAAUAGCUGCCCAGGUCACGUUCUUCUUUGCAGCCGAAAUGGCUGGCGAAUCUACAGGGCAACUGCUGGACUUGAUGGCCUUCGUAUCAUACUUCUUCCAAGUCGUCUUCAUGUCGCUGCCGGGAUUUGUGCUGAACCAGCAGGUGCAGACAUAUCGGUUCUUGCUGCAACUGGUCGGGACAUUGUUCCUAUUCGAUGUGCAGCGCGCCGCAAUUCUGGCUUUCUCCACCUAUACGGUGCCCCUCCUCCUGGCAGUGGCGUCCGGAUCGAGCACGGAUCUGUUUCUGAAUACCAUUUGGGCAGAUGUGUUGCUGAUGCUGGGCCUUCUGUUGCUGCUCAACACGAUCAGCGGUGCCCUCCAGCUGAACUCCGACCCUCUUGUCGCUGACCCUUCGCUGCGCGACGAGCUGGCAAUGGCCGAAGCCCGCAGAAGCAUCAUGUCUGUCAUAACGGAUGGAGAAAUGGUCUUGAAGGAUGACAAGAUUAUGCAAGCUGGGCGGCAUGCCCGCCACUAUCUGGAGGGCCUCCUCGGAAAGGAGGUGGAAGUGGAGGGCCUUCUGCUGAAGGAUGUUCUGCACCCUACGGAGGUACGUCAUGUUCCAUCGAUCUGCCCCAGCCUGAAAGAUAGCAGCAGUCCGGCCUCGAGUUUUCAUGUCCGGCUUCGGGAUGACCGCCAAGCUCAAAUCUACACCUGUGCCUUUAAAGCCGGCGACACUGACGUGCGAUGGCUUGCCUGUAUACGCGAUGACGGGUCAGAGGUGGCCCGAGCAGCCCUGGCAAGUUCUCCUGAAGCGGGUCUGGCAGAAGCCAUGUCAGACUUCGGCGACUCGCGCCCUCCUUCCGAGCCUUCGGCAUCAGGCGCAUUCACAUUGGCGAGCCAACGGCAAGAGCUGGCCCUCCCAGAACUGGAGAGCAUCGGCUUCACUUUGGACAUCUAUGCUGAGGAGCUGACGAUGUUGCAGGUAAAACUCAACUUCAACAUUUCUGACCUUGCGCACAUCGAUACAGGUCGCUUGCCCACCAUGAAGAGAUGGCUGGUCCAGAAAUCUGUGGACAGCUUCCAUGAGUGGUUGAUUGAUCAAGUGCAAGCAGACCUGGCCGGAGCUCCGACAGUGGCAUUUCCCGGCUCCUUCGAGCUCCAUUGCCCGGGCAACGGUGGCACGCUGCGCGCAAGUGACGUGGCAGUCACCAAGAUGCACGCGACCAGCGAUGUGGCACAAGCAUCUGCAGCACCAGAUGAAGCCGAGCAAGCGCAGGCGGCAGGAGCUUCUCCGCAGCUUGAAAGCCCAGGGAUGGAAGCCCAGGGCCAAGCUGGGACCGGCGGAGCGACUACAUCUAGGGAAGCUGAAGUAGAAGAAGCAGAAGACAAGCAGGAUUUGGAUUGUUUUCUGGUCCAUAUUGAGUGCAAGAACAUCACGCAGUGUGCUCCGGAAUUGAGAAGGAGAAGCAAAUCCAGGAAGUCACGGCAGACCAGUCGGAGCAGCAGCUGA